UCCGUGGCUGAACUCAUCAACUACAUUUCUGAAGUCAGCCAAAUACUUGAGAAGACAGCAAAAGACCUUAAACUAGCCAAGAAACAAUUAAAUCUCACCACUCAGAAUAAAGAUGCCAUGCGUGAGGAUGGGAGCAGCAAUCUGACAGACAGGUUCACAAGUUGUGACACUGAGGGACUAAUUUACAAUAAAGAGAUUACUUGUACCGCCGAAUCUCCUGAACUAGAAGAGAAUUUAUCUGAGAAAAAAGAUUCACUUUUAAAUGCCCAAAGGGAUGAAACUGACAACACAGUUAUAAGUGAUACAAAUGAUCAGUGCUAUAAAACCGACAGCGUAGAAGAAAGCCACCAAACACUGGAGCAGAAGGAUAAGAAUAAUAAUAGGUCAUUACAUGAAGAGCAAACCUAUACAGUGGAUGAACAUAUGGCCCGACAUCAGGAAUUAAAUGACAAAACAGAUCACCAGCAAGAGUAUACAGGUAGCAAAGAAGAGAUAAUGGACAUAUCUGCUACUGAGCUCACGUUAAAUGGAACAACUGUAAACCUCUCGCCAGAACACUUACUGAACGCUGAUCACUGGAUCUACAAAGAAUACACAUUAGAAGUCGAAGGUGAGGAUGAAGAACAGUUGGCCUGCUUCAUUAAGGCUCCUUCUUUUGUCCUGCAGAGACUAAAAUGUAGAUUUAUUAAUGAAAUUAGCUCAUUAGUGGUGUCAGAUGGAGAAGAAUUGGUCAGCAGUGUUUUGAAUAUUUCAAGUCAAGAAACUGAUCUUAAAAUCCCAUUUCCCAUCAGUAUUUCAAUUCCAUUCAACAGUCAUUAUAGAGGAAGUUACAAGGACGUAAUGGUUAAAACAAUUGAUGAAAAACUUAAAGCGAGUUAUUUAACACCAAUCUCUUUAGAUGGUUAUCAUGGGAAUCACAAGGGAAGUUUUGCAGAAAUAAAGGUCUACCAGCUUGGAACAUUUUCUGUCAUAUCAUGUUUAAAGAAAGAAAAUUUUACUGUUCUUAGAAAAGGAUUAUCUUUAAAGCUGAGCGUGGAUUCACGGAUUUCUUUAAAUUACCCCCCAGGCUGCCUCAGCUCCUCUGUAAUUGUGCAGUUUAAGGUCCAGCCUAUCGAUACUUCACUUAUUUCUGUACUCAAGGUAAAACAGGACAUAUACCAUCCAGUGGUAUCUACCAGUCCACUCGUCCACAUGAAGCAGCCAUCAACUCAGGUGUUCCACAAGCCAUUCACAGUUUUCCUACCAUGUCCUCCAAACCUAGAGAAAAGAAAGAGUAGAGAUGAAUCAGAUAAAAGGGCAUCAAGUGCUGCAGCUUCAAAAGUCACAGGAACCCAUCAAAUUAGGGCUGUAAGUGCCUCAGUGAGGAAGCAUGGGGAUAAUCCAAGUGAAUUACUGAAAUUGCUGGCAUUAAAGGAAGAUCAGUGGAUUGUCUUGGAUGACAUUGUGGUGAAGAAUGUGCAGAAUGGAAUUGUUUCAUUUGAAAUGAGUGAACAUUUACAGAGUUUUAUUGUAGUUCGUCUGUCUUCAGCUAUGGAUGCUCCACAUUUGAUUCAAUUUAUUCAUAAUCUGGAAUUUGCUAUACACAGCUCAUUGGUGAAUGUGGUUUUGUAUAACAAGAAAGACAACUUUCACAACAUCAUUGUAGAACUGGUUCCCUCUAAGGAGUUAAACUGGGAAAUCUCAGCUUUAACGGAAGCUGGAUACACUGGACCCCCUGAGCCCUCUGAAGGAAUAGCUCUUCAAGAAGGAGACCAAAUACAUUUUUUGUUUUGUGGCAACAUAUCUGCAACAGAUGGCACAGACUCUAAAAAGACAUAUAGGCUGACAUUUCACUCACAGAAAAUGCACAGGAUGUCCUUAGAUCUCAGUGUUGUUGAUGAGUUUGGAAAUUACAGCUCUCCACAUUAUAAAGGCACAGUAGCAUUCUACAGAGUAUCUAAGGAAGACAUUGUUACAAGUUACAAGACUGGACAAUCAAACGAUAGCUCUUUACAGGAAAGGACACCAGUAUGCAAGCUUCCUAUUACUCUCCCAAAGGUGGAGAAAAACUUCAGUCGGCCAUCAAGUACAAAACUAAUAACAGGCGAUCCCGGAGACCUUCUGUGGGACAGUGUGUUAAAAUGGGUUUCUCAUGAACUCUCAGAAGAAGAUGCCACUGAACUGUUGCUGUCUCUUCCUCUUCGGCGGAGUACUGUCCAGCUGGUGAGGCUAAAGAACCCAGAUAAUUUAGCUGCUCAAGUCUAUGAGCUGCUAACUCUUUGGAAGAAAAGACUCCCCACAUCAACAGACAAGUACCGACUCUUAGCACGACACUUAAACAAAAGUGGACGAGGUGAUUUAGUAGAGCAGAUGAAAGUAAAAUGGGAGUUCAAAAUAUAUUUUACACUAUCAUGA